AUGGCCGACUCCCAGGAGCCUCGAGCCGUUCUCCCGGAGACGAAUGGCCUCGUUUACCUACCAAACGGCAUCAAUGGCGACGACCAUCGCCCAGUCACACCGCCACAGCGCAACGGCAUGUCGCUCACUGAAUAUAGUGCCAACCCCAAGACGCCGUCGCCGGAAAGAAGGCAACGCAUCAAGGGUGUGGUCCCCGACGACUUUCUGCUAGAAGAUGGCAAUCCAGAUUAUCUGCGCCUGAUCGCCACGGCGACUAAUCGACUCGAAUGCAACGUCUUAUUAAAACGGGAGGAUCAACAGCCCGUCUUCAGCUUCAAGCUGAGAGGCGCCUACAACAAGAUGGCCCACCUCGACCCCGCCGUGAGCUGGAAGGGUGUCAUUGCUUGCUCGGCCGGCAACCACGCCCAGGGCGUGGCAUACUCGGCCCGCAAGCUCAAGAUUCCUGCGACUAUCGUCAUGCCCGAGGCGACGCCCAGCAUCAAGCACCUCAACGUCUCCCGACUCGGAGGCCACGUCGUAUUACAUGGCGCAGAUUUUGAUGCUGCGAAGGAGGAGUGUGCUCGACGAGAGAAGCUGGACGGGUUGAUCAACAUUCCCCCCUUCGAUGACCCCUAUGUUAUUGCGGGACAGGGGACCAUUGGUAUGGAGCUGUUCGGUCAGACGAAUAUGCAGAAGCUCGAGGCCAUCUUUUGCUGUAUCGGUGGCGGCGGUCUGAUCGCCGGUAUCGGCGCAUAUGUCAAGAGGAUGGCUCCUCAUGUCAAGAUCAUCGGUGUCGAGGCGUACGACGCCAAUGCUAUGGUCCAGUCCUUGAAGAAGGGCGAGCGUGUUGUCCUCAAGGAUGUCGGCCUCUUUGCCGAUGGAGCUGCGGUAAAGACGGUGGGCGAGGAGACUUUCCGUCUCUGCAGGGAAGUAGUGGACGAGGUUAUCGAGGUUACCACGGAUGAGAUUUGUGCUGCCAUCAAGGAUAUGUACGACGACACUCGAUCUGGCCUCGAGCCUGCCGGUGCCCUCUCCAUUGCUGGCCUCAAGAAAUAUGUGGCCCAGAACCCUUCGGAGGAUACCAACAGGACCCUUAUCGCCGUCACUUCCGGAGCCAACAUGAACUUUGACAGGCUAAGGUUUGUCGCAGAGCGCGCGACGCUAGGUGAAGGAAAGGAGGCCCUUCUCGCCGUCAGCAUUCCCGAGAAGCCUGGCUCAUUUGCCGAGCUGAUCAGCGCCGUGAUGCCCCAUGCUGUCACUGAAUUCUCCUACCGCUACGCGACCCCCGAGAUUGCCAACAUUCUUAUCGGUAUCUCUCUAACGGGCCCGGCCUCCCAGAGGGGAGAAGAGCUAGCUCGGUUACUUGGCCGCAUUAGGUGGGGCGGCAUGAGCGUCACCGACCUCUCGGGCGACGAACUUGCCAAGACUCACAUCCGAUAUCUCGUUGGUGGCCGAUCGAAUGUGCCCAACGAGAGACUCUACAUGUUCAACUUCCCUGAGCGGCCCGGCGCGCUCGAAAAGUUUGUCACGGCGCUGAAGCCCAAGUUCAACAUCAGCCUCUUCCAGUACCGGAACUACGGCGGUGAUGUCGCCAAGAUUCUGACGGGCAUCAUGUGUCCCGAUAGUGAAUUGGAAGAACUGGAGAAGUUCUUGAAGGUCGUCGGAUAUCCCUAUGAGGAUUGCACACAGUCGGACGUCUUUAAGAUGUUCCUUCGUUCAUAG